GAAUCCUGCAUUGUCAUAGAUGUAAAAAUCACUCGGAUCCGUUCUCGUUAUCUCGUAAUCUCGUUAGCUUCUGCUCUUGCUCCUAUUUCGAUUUUUUCGUGGCUGUCUUUCAAACGAAGACGUCGUAAAAAUUAAAAUCAGAAAUGGGAAUCGGUGCCACGUUGUACAAUGUCGUUCUUAGACGUACAUCUACAUUUACGAUCGUCGUUGUAGCUUCCGCCUUCGUUUUCGAAAGGGGAUUUGAUUUGGCAGCCGACAAGAUUUUCGACACUAUUAACAAAGGGAAACUAUGGAAACAUAUAAAGGACAAAUAUGAGCAGUGAAUGAGAUAUUUUAGGGACAAUGUGUGUUAGCUUUAUAUUUAAUAGCUCUAUCUUCAAAUAUGUAUAAAUAAAUAAUAACUUAAAUAAUUUAUA